AUGCAAAUGGCUGCUGCCCCACAAUUGGGAGUCGCAUCCUACAAACCAGACGCAGUCAAUCAGGUGCAACCACGUGGUAUCUCGAUGAUGGUCAGUGGUGAUCCGUCUGUGCCAUAUGGACCAAUGGUGCCACAACUAGCCACAUUGCAAAUUGGCAAUUCCAAUUUCUCUCCAUCAUUACAGUAUAUUAGUCCAACUUAUCCAUAUUAUGCACAACCAACAAUUAUUCCAACAAUGCCAAUGACAGAUUCCGAACAGGCUAGCACAGCUGCAUCACCCGAUGAGGCAUAUACACAGUAUCCACAUCCAGCCGCUCCCAAAUAGGUCAUCGCGAGAUGUAAUAUUAUGAUGCCGCGAUUGACUCUCUAAUGGGAGCUGGAAGUGGAAUCGGAUAAACGCGAAUAACAAAAAAAAACACACA